AUGAGAAUUGGACAAGUGUUCCAACACCGUACUGAGGGAUACCGUGGGGUCAUCAUUGGCUGGGAUAGGACAGCCAGGGCCCCUGAAGACUGGCUUCAACAUAUGCACAGAGGGCACCCUGAUUGGAAAUCAAAACCAAAUUAUGCUGCAUUGGUGGAUACAAGAGACCGAACAAUUCCACAGAUGACAUACGUAGUGGAGGAUAAUAUCGUCAUAGUCAGGAACACAAAGGUGAUGCAUCCAGCAGUGGAUGAUUAUUUUGAGUCAUGGGAUGGAGCACAGUACAUUCCUCGACCUUGGCUUCGACAUAUGUACCCCCAAGAUUAGAUUUCUUAGUGUCAAAAUUGAACCCCACCACACUGUGCCUUGCAAGUUGUAGUUCAUCCAAGAUUUAAAUUGAGACAUGGCACUAAUGUGUAUAUGGUUGAGGAUGUGGCACUGAUAUACACUACCACCAUAUCUCCUUUCAAUUUUUGGAUGAACUAUAUGGGGAAUUCAAGAUGCAAGACUAAACUUUAGAUUUCUGGUUGAUCCUGUUUUCUUCUGUGAUAUGCAAGUUUCUGUGAUGCCCUGAAGAUAUGGUUGAGAAUAAAAACAAAUUGUCAAAC